UAUUUGCGAAUUUUUUCAAAAUAUAAUGCCUUGUUCAAUGGAUAUGCCAAGUACUUCCAACGGAUUGGACCACUACAGCCAAAGGGACCCAUCCGAGUUGAAGGAGCUGCUUAAGGAUUCAACUGCAUGGCACGCCAUUCCUUUGCUAAACUACACGCCGUUGCAUAAACUGAAGGAUCAGACUUUGGUGCGUUUCCGGGGCAUGAUUCAGGACAUGAUGGACCCGGAAAUCUAUUUGGAGCGCUAUGAAGUGAAAUCCUCGGACGGAAGCAAGCGUCUACAGCACGGCCAAUACCAUGAUUGCUUAAAGCUGGCAACGGGCGAAUCAAUCGACUACAAUGCCGAGAGCAAUGUGCAUGGCGAGAGGCGUACACUGUUUGUGGUUUCAGUGCCAGGCCUGAAUGAUUGGACCAAGGAACACGAAGGCAAGUGCAGUCCCCAGCCCAAGUUGCUCAGCCAAACGCAAUCGCCAAACAAUGCCAAAAAGCGUACUUUGGAUGACCAGGAAGCCAUGGAUGUAGAAGAUGAUAACGAUACUUUGCUCAAACGAAAAUGUGUUGAGGGGACCAAGUCAGACUCAUCGGGGAACUCAUCGGCCGCUGCUCCAGCCGUGCUCGGCUCUGAGUAUUUGAUAAAUUCUCCCUUGCCCAGUCGACCCAGCAUGGCCUGCAUGGUGAAAGUGUACGAAGACUUUGAUAGCUAUAAACUGAAUUCCCUGGUCGACUUUGUUGGUUUCCUAUCAGUCGAUCCCUCGCUGGAUGCCGCCACCAUAGAUACGGAGGGUUUUGAUAGCCUAAGCGAGCUGCAGGCCACACAUCCAUCGCCCUUCCUCAUACCACGUGUGCAUGCCUUUGCAGUCCAGCAUUUGCCGCACGCCAAUCCGCUGCUGGACAAGAGUCUACAACAGCCGGCGGACGCUAGUGCCAGCGAAGAUCUAUCACAGACCAGCGUGCACAAAGAUUUACGGAUGCUUCUGAAGCUCUGCCUGUUUGACGAUGACUUGGCUGCCGAGUAUUUGCUUUCCCAUUUGAUUUCCUCGGUGUACAGUCGCUCCGAGAUGCAGAGCAUUGGAAAGUUUUCCCUAAACAUAUGCAACUUGCCCAAGGAAUCACUGGCACAGUAUACAACAAAGCUGUACCAAGUACUGGAGCUACUUUUGCCAGCCAGCCAUUACCUGGCCAUGACUCUGGAGACAAUGAACACGGCUGCCUUUGCCCCCAAAAAGGAUUACGAGACCAACAAGCUGGUCUCUGGCAUGCUGCAGCUAGCACCGCACACUCAUCUGGUGCUGGACGAGACGUACAUGCAGCAGGGCAAACUGGAGUCGAAUGGCGUCCUUGCCAUCCAGCACUUGGCGCACCUGAUCAACAGCCAGGAGCUAAAGUGCGAUUUCCAGUACUAUCAGAUUGACUACCAUGUGAACAUUCCUGUGCUUGUCCUGAGCGAAGGACGCAGUAUGUUACCGAGCGACUUCGUGUUGCCUAUUAACGCCGAUGCCAAGGCCGUGGAACUGCUGGAUGAAUCUCUGAAGGCGGCCCACCACUACUUGCAGCCAGCGCGCCUCCAACAGUUCCGCAAGUAUUUGACCUUGGCACGCAUCAGUCCGUUUAACGUCAGCGAGGAACACACCGAGAUGAUUCAACAGGAUUUCGUGGAUAUGCGCAAGGCGAAUGCCAAGAGCAAUGCGGAUGAUCUGCAUGGCUUGUUGGUGCUUUCACGCCUUCUGGGCAUUGCCCGUGGAAAAAAUGCACUGGACAAGGAAACUUGGCAGCUGGCGACCGAGUUCGAGGCCAAGCGGCGACAGCGGCUACAGGCAUUGCCGAAGUCAACCGUCCAGCUGCGUAAUUAAUUUGGUUUCAACAUAGAAUUUACUCAUUUUUUAUUGUCUUAUUAUAAUGUUUACAAAUAAGUAUUAAUUGGAAGAAAACUA